AUGGCCUGUGGUCCAACGGAUUUAGCCGCUCAAAAGAGACGGCGUAAAUCAUCUCAAGUUAAACCGCAACAGCAUCGGGGUACCAGCAAAGGCACGCGACGUAGUUCACGUAUCGCAGCGCAACAGUCGCGACGUAGUUCACGUAUUUCAGCGAAGCAAGAAGCACUCCAGAAAGGACUCGUCAGUACAAGAAAGCGAGCUCAAGACCCCGAGACACAUACAUCGACGGAACGGCCAAGAAAGCGUCUACAAACUAGAAAUAAUCCCCAGAUGAAGUCUGACGAAUACGCGCAGAAAAAAAAGCGUCCUCGAGAAGACGAAGUUGCGUACCCACCUGAGCCGCCCUCAAAACGAGAACGAACAUCUUCAGCGGCAUUCAACAAGGCUCGGAUCAACUUUUGGACGAAGAACAACACCUGGCCGGCAGAGGACACAAUGAAUCGUUUAGGAAAUCUUGUCAAUGAUGCGCGUGCAAGAAGACGAUCGCUUAGUCGCAAACGCUCAAACACCAGCUUGAAUACGGAGACGACCCAGACACAGAGCAACCAACAACCGCGGGACCAGACGAAUGCCCCGUAUAAUCAUCCUAUGUUUGAAGAACAACUGAAAGAUUGUGGUAGCUUUAUGGACGGUUACAAGGAAGGCAUUACUGCUGAAAGCACUAAGCUUUGCGAAGCGCUCCUAAAUGCACUGCAGCCGCCACCUGAACAUACUGUGUUCUCUGACGAUGAAAUGCAUAGGAAGACAUGCAAAAGGAUCAGAGGCGAGAACGAGACUAAGGUAAUCCGCUACAUUGCAGAGCUCAUUGUUCCUUCACCAGAGAAAAUGGCCGAUGAGGGAGCCGACCACCUAGAUAUUCUCCGAGAGACUACCAACGCAUGCUGGACUAACUCUAUCCCUUUCCUCAACCGCUCCGGUUCACGCCCUAGUCCUCGUCCGCAGCCAGAUUUUAGCGUUGGAUUCAAAAGAGAUGCUUUCAGUCGAAAACAGCUUGAGAAGCUGCAACCUUAUACCGGCGACCUACUUGUUAAUUACUCCUGGUUUGCAGCUAUAUAUAACAUGUAUCUUCCGUUUCUUUCCAGCGAAGUAAAAUGCGGAGCCGUUGGACUGGACAUUGCCGAUCGACAGAACGCUCACACUCAGUCUGUUAUCUUACGUGGUGUAUACAAACUUUUCCGCUUGGUUGGUCGAGAGAACGAGCUGCAUCGAGAAAUUAAUGGGUUUUCAAUAUCUCACAGCGAUGUGGAUGUGAGGAUUUUCGGCCACUACGCUGUUAUUAAUGGGAAUGGUGUUGAGUUUUACCGGCAUUCAAUUGCAGAAUUUAGUAUUGCACCAACGAUGGAGGAGGAUAAGAGGUGGAAAGCAAACACCUUUGUCCGCAACCUCUACGACUUGUGGGUCCCGAAGCAAUUUGAAAGACUCUGCUCCGUCAUCGACAAUUUACCGGCUGACUCGAAUUUUGAUGGCUCCGAGCAUGAUCAAGAACUGGCUUCGUCACACUCAGGGCUGUCCCAACGACUUGAGGAGUACAGCUUAGCCAAUGUGAUACCCGAUACCCAGUCAAACGAACAACCAGUUACCCCAGAAAUAACCCAAACUAGUUCCAGCAACAGCAAGAAGGCAAAGAGAAAGCAAUGA